AUGACUGCUACGCUGAAUGGGAUGUUUAAUUCGGCGCCAGAUACCCCGUCGCCCGUCUAUCCCGAUAGACUAAUCCGCCCCCUCCCCAAGCGUCCCCUUCGGUCUCGGUUGUCCUCCGAUGCCGCCGAUACAGUACUUUACCCUCCUGCUCCCCCAGCAACACAACUUUUCUACGGAGCUUGUGCGACCAAUGGGGACGUUGUAAAUGACUCCAAAGUAUACGUACAGCAGAGCGAUGGUGGCCGCGACCUAAGUCCUGAUAACCGGGAUCACCACCUUCCGUAUGAUAAUGGCGUUGACUUAGAUAGCGGUGACGAAGAUGGGCCAGUUGUUGUUCGACGGAGUGCGGGAUUUCGUGGGUCGUCACUGUCACCUACACCUGCACCUUCCAGCGUGCAACACCACACACUCCCCGGUAUCGGGCAGGAGCAACCGAUCAAGCCAUCCCCAACCGGGCCCGACGGGUAUGAUGCCUUCGAAAACACCAACAACAAGAAAAAGCGCAAAAUCCCAACGCCUGGAAAUAUGGGGAGUCACCAUUCUUCUCUAUCGCCCGAGUUCACAACUAUGGGAUUGGCAAAUUCUGGACAACAGGUGUCUUCAUCUGGAGAAGGGGGCCAUGUGAGUACGUUCUACGGCACGGGUAGCCCUGCAUCACCAGUAGGCAAUGGGAUGUCUGGUUCGGGCAGAGGCCGCCUUAAACAUCAAGGAAGACGGUCGUCGGUACAUGGACAUGGUACUUGGGCACAGAAUCGUGCUGCUGGUCUCCGAGAUCUGCCACUGUCCUCUCCAGGACCGACAGGGGAGCGCAGCCAUGGUAUUAUCUCGGCCGCUAUUGCAAACGCUGCAGCGUCGGCAUUCUCAACGUCUCCUUACCGAGUUUCUGUUCAAGGUAGCAUGCUUGAACAGAAACAGACCACGCCGACAAGAACCCAGUUUACUUUCACAUGCGAGUCUGAUUCAUCUAAAGGGAUGGCAUUACACGCACAAAACUCGUACGCUUCUCAGCAUAGAUCCCCGAUCGCCCAGACCCCAUCAAGGUAUACUAUGCGGGGGGUUUCUACACAGGGGACGCAAACCAGUCCAACUUCCGCAGCGCAGAUGAUGAUGCAGCAACCAACUACUCAACAGCAGCAACAACCACACCCAACGGCUGCGUCUGCUGAACCGCCACCUCCAGAGAGGAAGAAGAAGCGGUCGCCCGGUAGCACAUAUGCGCUGGCCGCGCGUCAACGCAAGAUUCAGCAACAAUACACAAACCUCCACCAUCCACCUAGACUUGAAGACAUUUGGAUUUGCGAGUUCUGUGAAUAUGAAAGUAUCUUCGGACGCCCACCUGAGGCCCUCAUUCGCCAAUACGAGGUCAAAGAUCGUAAGGAACGCAAGCGUUUGGCAGAGAAGAAGAGGCUUCUGGAAAAGGCGAAGCUGAAAGGACGCAAGCAUAAGAAGGCGACUAAAAACUCAACGAAGCACGCGGGGUCUCAACAUGCACCUUAUGAUCAGGGCUAUGACCGAGCAUCUGUUGAUCAAUCGUCUUUGGGUGGGGAAGGACCGCACCACGACAAUUUCGAACCGGGCUACGAUGAUGAAGUAGCAAAUACUGCACCACCCGCUGCCCCUGCGGGGGCGUUCAAACCCCCGCUCCCCCCAGAAAGCGAGGCCAGAAAACCCACAGCGACCACAUCGGACGGCAGAGGUGCAAUAGAAGGGGGAAUGAAACCACCCUGA